AUGAGUACCACUAUGAAAGCACUGGUCACCCAGGGUGACAAGACCGCUAAGGUUCAGGAGAUUCCCGUCCCCAAACCAGGUUCUGGCGAGAUCCUCGUCAAGGUCCAUUACGUCGCCCAGAACCCGACAGACUGGAAGUCUACUGCUGCAGCCAAGGAAGCUGGUCGAAUUGUUGGAUGCGACUUCGCUGGUAGCGUCGCCGACCCGAACGGCUCAUCUCUCAAGGAGGGCCAACGCGUUGCUGGCUGGGUCUUCGGUUGCAGCACUGACCCUCCACGCGGUGCAUUCGCUGAAUAUCUCGUGACCGAGAGCAGCUUGGUGUUUCCGGUUCCGGACUCUAUUACCGACUCCCAGGCCGCUGUCGUUUCUCUGGCCCUAGCAACAACAGUGCAGGCUUUGUUCCAGCGACUCGCACUGCCACCGCCAACGAGCCCGGCCUCGGAGCCUUUUCCAGUGUUGAUCAAUGGCGGCACGAGCAGUGUCGGCUUGUACGCUGUUCAGCUUGCGAAGAAGGCUGGUCUGCAAGUUAUCGCCACAGGAAGCAAGAAGAACCAUGAUUUGCUCAAGAGCCUGGGAGCCGACAUCGUGAUAGAUUACCGCGAUGCAGACUGGAUCGAGCAAGUCAAGAAGGCGGCAAACGACAACCUGCAAUACGCCUUUGACUGCAUCAGUGAAAUUGACACUACGAAGGCUGUGGUGCAGACAAUCUCUUCCAAGGGAGGACACGUCAUGUGCAUCCUCCCACGUAAGGCCGAUGAGGUCAACGCCCCCUCGUACGUGAAGGUCGAGAGCACUCUAGCAUACACCGUUUUCGGAAAGGCACUUCAAUACGGAGCUUUUGACAACAUCGACGGAGACAGAUCUGGAGAUAAGAAGUUUUGGGAGAACUACUUGCAAGUAGUACCAAAGUGGCUGGAAGAGGGAUAUGUUAAGCCAAAUCCCCCGAAGGAGUUCGGCGGCUUGGAAGAUAUCCCUAAAGGCUUUGAGUUGCAAGAGAAGGGAGGCGUAAGUGCAGAGAAACUUGUGUACAAGAUUGCUCAAGUUUGA